GAAAGUAACAGCGGGACUGCUAACGACAACCAAAGUAGACAAAUUAACGAUUUACGAACUAUUUUAACGAUGCGUGUUUAAUGUUCCACCUCUGUUAGACUGUUUUAUUAUCCUGCGAACAUGUUUUCAAUACGUAAGGUCCAGUUUGUGUUGGUCUGUGUGGACUUACUUGGAUAUGCUGUGAUGCCUUUACAUGGACACACAUGGAGUUUUCAGCGGACAGAGAAAGUGGAUUUGUUACAGUGUUUCUCCAAGAUGGUGGCCACCAAUGUGUCCCUAUCAGUGGACAGUCUGAGAUGUCCAACUCUCCAAAUCGGCCUUUAUGACAAUCUUAUGAUGGCUACACAGCAGGCUUUUGGAUCAAGGUUUUCUGAUGAGUUCAGUAUGCUGAUGAGGCUGCGCAGCUCUCAGAAGGAGGAGAGCAGUGUGUUGACUCUAUUAAACGCCCAGCAUCACAUCCACCUGCAGCUCCGUCUUAGCCCACAUUCACUAACCUUUAUUUCCACCCAACACAGAGAAUACGAGUUCCCAGUGGGGUCUCUGUGUGAUGGCCAGUGGCACCAGGUAUCACUGGGCGUCUCCCCGCUCUGGCUGGAGGUUUAUGUGGAUUGUUCUUUGGUGGAGAGGGUGAACUGGGCCUAUCCUUGGCAGGGCAUCUCUACUGAUGGCCUGCUGAUAAUCGGAGGCAGCCUGGAGGGCUUUGAGACCCCCUUUGAAGGUGCUGUGAGACAAAUGACCUUUGUGAUGGGGGAUCCAGAUGCUGCCAGAGACCACUGUACUCUCCAUCAGCCUGCCUGCAACCUAACAACCUCCAAUGCACUCUGGAAUGUGCAUUCUGGCACCAGGCCCCAUGAGUCAUCUAACAGAGCAGAAGGACCUUUGCAUGAGGAGUCCAUACAUCUGGAUCACCUGUUAGAGAGAAACCCUCUAGAAUACACCCAUCAAGAUGCUGCUGGCCAAAGUCAUGGCUUUAUACUUGUCGAUGAACCUCACAUCACAUUAGCCAAUAACAAUGAAGACAGAAGAGUUCAGGAGACAGAAUCCUAUCCAAACAUCCAAAUGUUACAUGAAAAUGCAGCAGACACAGGCUUAUCUAUUGUAGUCAACUUAGCCUCGUCUGAUUCACUGACACAAAUGUCUGAGGUAAAAGCUCCUAAUGUUACUUUACUGAUGGAUGAGAACAUGAUACAUUUGACAACAUCUAAGAGAGAAACUAACAGUCUUUUAAGAAACAACAAGGAAGGGUGGCAUUCCAGUCUGCAGCAAGGGGAGUCAUUACCAUCUGUACCUGCUAUUGGAACAGGGAACAUUAUCUAUGGAUCUGACCAGAGGAUCUACCGAAUCCACAAAGGCCCCCCUGGUCCAAGGGGACCACAGGGAAGAAGAGGCUGUGCUGGGAGAGAAGGCUAUGUUGGAUUUAACGGUGACAAGGGCUCUCAAGGCAAUCGAGGCCUGAAUGGGAGGAGAGGGAAUCCAGGACCUCCGGGAGCUCCAGGACUUCCUACUCUCUACCUAUGGAGGAACUCUGAGGAGGACUGGACUGCUUUUAGGAGAUCAGCUAUCCAUCAAAUGCUCCGAGCUGGCUGGCCGGUGACACCUGGCCCACCUGGAACCAUGGGUGAAAUGGGCAAACCUGGUCCUCCAGGUAUUCCUGGAGAUCCAGGGGACAGAGGGAUACCAGGACAGACAGGAGACAUGGGUAACUCUGGGCCAAAGGGCGUCUCUGGUAAUCCAGGGAGGUGGGGCAGGAAUGGCAGUCAAGGAGUAAAUGGGCAUCGUGGGCCACCAGGACUACCUGGGCUGCAGGGUCCCAGAGGUUUUAAAGGAGAAGGGGCUUCACCAGGGGAGAAAGGUGAUGAGGGUUUCCCUGGUGAGCCUGGACCAAGUGGAGACAGAGGAGGAGCUGGAGAAAAGGGAUCUAAAGGGGAACCAGGAGAAGACGGACCUGUUGGCCCUCCUGGUCCUUUAGGUCAAAGGGGCAUUCAGGGGAUUCCUGGAGCUCCAGGGCCACAGGGAUACUCUGGAGAUGAUGGAUUGCAGGGUCCUCCAGGACCAGUGGGUGCACCAGGGGCCACAGGAGGUAUAGGACCACCUGGAAUUAAUGGGUCUGAGGGGGAUCAAGGUCCAACUGGUCCACAAGGUCGUAAAGGCCCAUCAGGACCGUCAGGAUUAACAGGAGAAACGGGCUCACCUGGACCUCGAGGGACUGAGGGUCAACCAGGCAGUAAUGGCCCUGCUGGUCCAAAAGGAGAUGUGGGUGAAAUAGGGCCUAUGGGAACAAAAGGAUUUCCUGGCAGUGAAGGGCCCAUGGGGAUGUCUGGAAGUCCUGGUCCAAAAGGAUUCGCCGGUGGCACAGGCUCUAGAGGACUGGAUGGUGACAAAGGAGAGGCUGGACCCAAAGGACACAGGGGCCCACCAGGUGCUGCAGGGAUCCUAGGCCGUCAGGGAGAGAGAGGUGAACGUGGAAACACAGGUCUUCAGGGGACGAGAGGUCAACCUGGGCACCAAGGAAAAGAGGGUGAAGAUGGGGAGGCUGGUCUUCAGGGAGUGGUUGGUAAACAGGGGCCAAAGGGCAUCAGAGGCACCCCAGGCCAAAAUGGAAAUUUAGGGCUAAAAGGACCAAGGGGUCGCACAGGACUCCCUGGCCUGUUUGGUCUACCUGGCAUGCCGGGUUUUAGAGGCAGAGUUGGGAUUGAGGGACCAGAAGGAAAGCCUGGUACACAGGGUGUUCCUGGUUCUGCUGGCUCUCCUGGCCCUGAAGGAGACAGAGGGUUUCCCGGUGUGGCUGGUGAUCCAGGGCAGGCAGGUUCUCUAGGAGCUCCGGGUCCUCCAGGAAAGCCAGGUCAGGACGGGAUCCCUGGACCAGCUGGGGAGAAGGGCUUCACAGGGAAACCAGGGUUGAUGGGCCCUCAAGGACCUGUGGGCAUGUAUGGUUACCCUGGAGCUGUGGGUCUGACUGGGAGACCAGGCCACAUCGGGCAAAGGGGAGAUGCUGGUGUCAGAGGCCCUCCUGGCAUCCCAGGAAAGACUGGACCUCUAGGUCAGCAGGGCCCUCCUGGUGAGAGAGGACCUCUGGGACCACAGGGCCGUCAAGGAGAGUUGGGGCCCAAAGGCGUUCUGGGACUGCCAGGCCCUUCAGGGCAGCCAGGAGCAGAGGGUGGCAAGGGGCGCCCUGGUCCCCCAGGGAGCCAGGGGCCCCUGGGGCCACAGGGGUUGGCCGGACCUAGAGGGUUUCCAGGAACACCUGGGAUAACUGGACUGAUGGGUCAGACUGGAGAGAAAGGAGAGCAGGGAGCAGUGGGUCCGACUGGUGAUAUUGGUGCUCCAGUUCUGGAUGGGCAGCAGGGUCUUCCAGGACCAGCUGGUGAAGAAGGGUCUCCUGGAACAAAAGGUGACCAGGGAGCUGUGGGCCCCCAGGGACAACCAGGGCGCUCGGGACCAAAGGGAACGCUAGGACCUCAGGGCUCCCAAGGGCUGCAGGGUGAGCCUGGACAGAGGGGCAAAGAGGGAGAUUUUGGAGAGCCUGGCAUUCCUGGGGAUCCAGGUGCUAAAGGAACAAAGGGAGAUAUGGGAAAUCGUGGCCUAUCUGGACCUGAGGGGCCUCCAGGAGUCCCAGGAACACAAGGACCAAGGGGGUCAAAAGGAGAAAAGGGUUAUGCAGGCUUGAUGGGUCAAGGUGGCCUAACGGGGAAGGUUGGACCAUUAGGCUUAUUAGGACUACAAGGUUUGCCAGGUAUUUUUGGGAUUCCAGGACCUGAUGGGCCACCAGGACAGAAGGGAGACAAAGGUCCUGCUGGUUUGAGUGGGGAGCCAGGGAUUCCAGGUCCUAAGGGGGUGGCAGGAAGCCCAGGUGUGAAAGGUGACAUGGGAAAGCCUGGAGCAGUGGGGUCUGCAAGAGCCACAGGAAGACCAGGCGGCCCUGGUCCAAAGGGCUUUUCUGGACCUGAGGGGCUAAGAGGAGAGCCUGGACAGAAAGGGGAGCCAGCAGAGGCGGGUCCUGAUGGCCUACCUGGAAAUAAAGGACUUCCAGGAUUAGCAGGACCAGAGGGUGUUAUGGGCGACAUGGGACUUCAGGGUCCUGUUGGCCUUCCAGGACAUCAGGGACCAAUGGGUAGACCUGGGCUGGAGGGAAGAAAAGGACAAAAAGGUCAAAAGGGAGAUGGUGGAAAAAGUGGACGUCCAGGAAAGGAUGGACGCACUGGGAGGAAGGGAAAAAAAGGGAAAGCUGGAAAUAGAGGGAUAAGAGGAAGGCUGGGAGAAAAGGGGAAGAUGGGCGAUUUGGGUACACUUGGUCCUCCAGGGCGACACGGUGCAUAUGGUGACACUGGUCCACGUGGAGGAAAAGGUGAAAUAGGUAGACCAGGCUUUAAGGGAGAACCUGGGGCUAUAGGACCAACUGGCCCCCCUGGUGGAGAAGGGUUGAAGGGAAUGCUAGGCCCUGUUGGAGAGCCAGGAAGAGCUGGUCAAAAGGGAGAGCAGGGGGAUAUUGGUCCAUCUGGUAGACGAGGUGCUCCUGGCCUGCCUGGGCUCCCUGGUUUGUUUGGACAUAAGGGUUUGAAAGGAUUUACUGGACCACCAGGCAAUGUUGGAGAAAAAGGCUUACCUGGUCCACCUGGCCCACCCGGACCCCGAGGAACCUCCCUGAACCUCACACUGACUCAGCUGAAGGAGCUCACGUACAUGUCCGACAAGCCCAACUACAUCCUGGUCCAGACUCUGUUGGACUCCCUUCAGAGAGAUCUUCACUGGUUCAUAAACCCACCAGAUGGCAGCAAACAACAUCCGGCUACUACAUGUCUUGAGCUGUGGCUCGCUCAGCCCAACUCCACUAACGGGAUGUAUUACAUUGAUCCUAACCAGGGGAGCCCAGCUGAUGCUUUUCAAGUGUACUGUGACUUCACAGCAGAGCCAAAGACCUGCCUGUCUCCACUGCAGCCUCAGGUUCCAGUAAAAGCUUGGCUGAAGGAUUCUGGCACCAAUAUGUCAUUUCACUGGCUCAGUACAGUUGAAGACGGCUUCCAGUUUGAGUAUCCGGGAGCAACAGAUGUGGUGCAGAUGAGGUUUCUGCGACUGAACAGUAGAUUCUCCACUCAGACCAUCACUUACUCCUGUCAGCCAGGACAUGGACAAAGCCACAGAGAGAGGGAAGUCAAGUUCCUGGCUGACACUCGUAGGCAGAGUUACUUGGCAGCACUGCAAGACUGUGUGCUGGAGAUGGGGGCCCAGGAUUCAGUUUUUCAAUUUGAAAGUGAAGAUCUCCAAAUGCUGCCUCUCAGGGACUUGGCAGUAUUUGGAAACAACAAACUAACCCAGGAGUUUGGCUUCACCAUAGGACCAGCCUGCUUCAGCUAGGGGACCCCACCUCUUUGCAUCAUUGCAUCUGUGUGGUGGUCUGCAGUUAUACAGAUCUGAACAGGAAAACCAUUUGUUUCUGGCACUUUUGUACUUUAUAGAAUUACAUCAUUGCUUUAUAGUUCAGAGUUGUCUAAUUCUUUUUAAAGUGUGCUGACCAGCCAAUUUAUUCUGGACAUCUUGAGCAAUUUUUUUAAUUACAACGUUUUUUUUUUUUUUUUUUUUAACAAAGCUGUGAGGACAAAAGACACAAAGUGAACUGAAGAUCCUCCAGGAGAGAGAGUUUCCUCUGUACAGACUGCUGGCUUGCCCACAUUUCAGAGCAGGGAUAUUUUGAACCUGAAAUUCUUGACAGUUACCAUGUUUUGUACAUUUGUUUGUGUGUUUUUGAAACAUGCCUAUUUAUGUAAAUGCUUGACAUUCAUUUAAUUUCAAAUCAUUUUAAUUUGAAUUCGGGUACAUUUUUACUUGAUCAUUGUGUUCAAAUUACUAUAUAGGUGGUGCUGGAAGCUUUCAGUGACAACUCAUGGUUCAGCAAAGCUAAUAUGAUUGCUUCCUCUAUUGUGGGCUCCAAUUCUUUCUAUGUUGUCCGAGAUCAGCAAUGUUGACAUGGUCUGCAAAUGGUCAGAGUCAAUUGUCAGUAAAGUAAUCCUCAUACAUUUUUGCAACUUGCCGCCCCUACAGCUUUGAAGUCCUAUUCGCAAACAUCAAGCAUGUCCAACAACACAAGACAUAGGAACCCAGCUAAUAUUACUCACUAGUCCAACAGAAGGCCAGCUUACGGUCUGUCUGCAGCUCUCACCAUCAACUAAAAGCUCAAUGUGAUUUUAUGGUGUACAAGAGCUUUGUCCAAAUUGUCACCUAUUUGAACCUAAAUGUUAAAUGUAACUAUUGUAAAUACAUCAUGUAGGUGUUGUAGAUAUUUUUGAACCUAGUUUUUUGGUCAUCGCCUGUAUUAGUGCCUCAGUCAUCUCCAUCUUUUGUCAUGAGCUGUUUUCUGAGUUUGUGAUUUUUUUUAAUUUAUGUUGUGUUUUUUAGGUUUUUGGUUUGAUUUGCUGCACAAAAAUUAAAGUUACAUUAAUUGAUUAUUUUUUUGGCCACUUGGGGGCUGCAGAACAAGCUGAACACACAAUAACAUAUAUAACCUUAUAAAGAAGUCAAGGGGAAGUAAACAUUUGCUUAUUGCAAAAAUAGUGUUUAUUUGGAGUGGUACUUGGUUCACCUGAUGAAUGCUGUCCAAUAUUUACUCUAUAUUUAGCUCUGUUAUGUUCUCCACCAACUCUUGAGAAAAAUGUUGCUCUUUAGCGGCUAAAAGCUCCACUAUGUUCACCAGCUAGUCUCUAACCUUGUAUGUCUGCUGUUUGCUGCUGAGCAGGUAGUGUACAGUGGGUUUAUUCUAGCUUUUUUUUCCUCUUCGGUUUUUUGCUAAAAAACAUCUGUCUGAAAAUGCAGUUCAUGGGAGCAGAGUUGCAGGCAAGAAAACAAUGUGCUAAAAGGGAACUGCAGUCUGGUGAUGACUCUCUGUGGGUUUGUCAGUGUUGGACACAUGUAUUCAUUCAUCACUUGGUUAUAUAAAAAAAAAAACCUAUUAGUGCAGCUUUAACCAAUAAAUGAAGGGAUUUUGCUGUUUUAGUUGUGUAUAUACUCAUGCAUGGCUCAGUAGGUAUCCUGCAGGGUUAGAGUGUAUUCCCUCGAAGCUACCUGUGCUAAAACUGUAUAAUGUAUACAGUUACAUUUAAUACUGUAUGGUGCUUCAUCAUAAAUUCAUUGAAAUGGA